CAGAGAGAAAGAAAGAGAGAGUCGCACCUUGAGGAAGUUAACAAAACAUUAGAAGGAGAGCAAAGAGCACAUCAUAUUGAAGGAUGGGACCUGUGCAAUGUUUUGUGAUGCUCUUAAUGUUACGCGUGAAGUUGGUGCUCACCUUCCCACUGAAUAAUGGGACCGCAUAUUUCCAGGCUGGAGGCAGACAGUGUAAAUUGUGCCCUCCAGGUAUGUAUCAGAAGUCUUGUCUUGAGUGUGAAAGCUGUCCUGCUGGAAGCUACACGACUCAGCUGAACCGUGAAGAAAAAUGCCAUUUCUGCUCAGGAGACUGCAGACCAGAGUUUAAUCUGAAGGUGAUACAGGAGUGUACCAACACAUCCAAUGUGAAGUGUGUCUGUGAGGACGGUUAUGAGUGCGACGACAAGGUUCCAUACUCAACAGACUGCAGAUUCUGUGUCAAGAUCAAGAUAAGGACCACAACUGCAGCAACUCCAGCCAGAGAUAAACACACACCUUCCACAACUUCCUCAGGACAUAGCAGCUCUUCCGCCAAACCCUGCCAAUUUCCCAAGUGUGGCACAAAGUCAAUCCCAUGGGCAGGAAAUGGCACACAUCUCAUAGGAGACAAGAUGAGCAGUCAGCUGGCGGCCAUCUUGUGUCCAGUGGUUGCCGUGGGAUGCUUGGCACUUGUGAUCCUGCUCUUUGUUCGUCGCCCCGGAGAUGAAACAUGUUUCAAGCAAGCUAUUUCAAAGUUACACAAUGAGGGAGGCAGAAAUGUUUCUCGAAAGGAGUCAUCUCAUCAGUUCCCCAGAGACUCAUUCAGUGCAAAGCAGCAGCCGUCGUGCCUCGCAGCAGCCAAUCUGGGUCCAGUCCAUGUCAACAAUCCGGGGACGGUCAUCUUUAGCUUGCUGAGUCAGUUCACAGGCCAAGUUGGUCCAACAAUUGAAUGUGGGAAGACGGCCAAGAGAGUGUUGAGUGAAGAAGAGGAUGAGCGAGACUGUCCUGUGUUUCAUCCCACGUCCUCUCCCAGUAUUCAUCUCUCUGAGGAGGAGAGGAGCGGAGAGAUUGACAACAUCUUCUUUCCCUCUCAAGAGCAGGGGAAGGACUGCCACAUGUCCAAAGAGGAGGCAUUAUGAUGCAUCCUAAAAAUCCCAGAUUUCUGUUGGUAUUUCUGGCCGCUGGUAUCCGGACUGUUCCUAAACACAGUCUUUUAAAGGAAAGCUCCGUGAAACUGUGAAAGAUGAAUGUGGAGCAGAUCCAUCUCCCUCUGGCAAACUGUGAAGGGAUCUCAAGGCUGUACAGUGACGUAUCUGCAGGUCCCAUGAAAACUUGUGGUCAGUGCACACCAGUAACUUUAACUCUGGAAAGAACAGCUUGAGGGGGAUCUCCUUCUUGUAAGUUAUAAUAUAAAAUGUCAUGUAAAUUUAAAAUGUCAUGUAAAUACUUUUUUUAAGCUCUGUCAGCUCCCUCUGAAGUAUUAGACCUGAAUGUUUAAUGUUUUGCAUAAAUGUUAGGCAUUUGGAUUCCAAUACAAUUUUAUUUUUAAUAAAGAAAACUAAGUAGAAAUUUAUACAAAUUAAACAGUCACAUUUGAUAUGUAUAUUCUGAAAAGUCUAUUUAUACAUACACCUAUAAAUAUACAACACAGUCUCACAGAAAUGAGUAAAAGAUCACACGACCUCUUAAAAGUCCAGUGUGUAGGAUUUAGGGAGAUGUAUUGGCAGAAAUUUAAUAUUUUUGUAACCUUAAAAUCAGCCGUUUAUGACUACAUAGGGAGCAGGUCUUCCCCCACGGAGUCUGCCAUGUUGACCUACGGUAGCCCAGAACGGACAAACCAAACACUGGCUUUAGAUAGGGCCCUUUGUGUUUUCAUGAUGGCCACCGUACUAAGCAGCCCCUCUGUUUUACUCAGUAUUUUUACCGGUUUAAAUCACCUGGUCCGUUUGUUUCGGAGAGGAAGAGACCUCUGCGGAUGAUUCAGCUCCUGAUAAAAACAUCUUAAACAAUGAACACUGAAGCAAUUCUAAUCAGGAGUUUGAGCCUGGCACAUGGGAGAAUCGUCAGGUAGUUAUAAUUUGCCAUCCUCACCACUAGAUGGCUCUAAAUCCUACACACUGCACCUUUAAAGUUUAGAGGGGAAAAAACAUGUUUUCGGUAAUAUAACUAAGUAUGUGACGUAAACUUACAUACUUUGUGUGGUUACAUGUAGUACUUACAUAAAGUACUUUGCAUAGUUACGUAAAGUUAUGUAAAGCUGACUUUUGGUCUCUCAUGGGACACAAAAUAAAAGAAAUGCAUUUGAAGCCAGAGUGUGCGACACUUGUUUUCUAUAAUCAGUUCACACAGGACACACACAGCGGUCUCCUGGUUGAAAGUCCAUGUUUGUUUGACACAUCCACCAUCCCUCCCAACAAUCUUACGCAGAUUUUCUUGUGCUGUAUACUUAACUGGUGUGUCCACCACAACAAAAGAUCCAAACUGACUUUGUGGCAUUGUUUUUUGUGGUGCAUUUUGUGCCCACCACCACAUCAUGCAUUAAGAGUUCGUGUCCAUUUCACAUUUUUCUGUGAG